AUGGCAAAACAUUCCGCGUCUAGCUUGCGUGGCACACCUGCAAAAGGAGACCUCUACACUGCCCUUGAGGCGGAGCUUGCUGACAUUGAGCAAAGUCACCACGCCGUAUCGCCUCCGGACAGGGGGCCCUCGCAGCUGUCCAGCUCGUCGCUGGGCGCCAGCAGCCUGGGGCAUCGGGCAAAGCAUCAGCCGGUGGAGCGCGAAAGCUCGCCAGGACGCAGCGGUGACUCGUCACCCACACCGCCCUUCUUUGCAAAUGUAUGCGUACGUACAUUACCUCCAAGUAAAGAAGCAGACCGACUGCAACGCUUGGCGGCCCAACUGGCGGCGUCGCUGGACAGCGCUCCUCAGCAGACUAUGCCGGUGCCAACAGCCCGGCUGGAUGUUGGCGCGGCCUGUUCAACCGGUCCAGCUCACUCAGUCCCGUCGGGUCUCCCAGCUACGGCAGCUGACAGCGGUGGGGAAUAUGCCGCGCGUAUUGCGGCUUUGGCGGCGAUUAGGCCAGCAACAGCGGAACGGCACGACAAGGCGUCCAUACCUCAUGCGUCGGGUAAUGCCGUAGCGCUGGGGCCCGCAGCUGCGAGAUCGCUUGUGGACUUUGGCCACACGGUGGGUGAGAAGCCGUCCGUGGGGAAUGCCCUGCAGCCCUUAGCGGGCAGGCCUGCCACAGGUGCACAGCUUCCGCCCGGAGGCUCCUCUGGCGGCUCGUUCCUUGGUGCCCUGGAGGCUGUGAUACGGGACGAGGCAGCGAUGAUUCGAGAGGAGGCAGCCCGGAGUCGUGCCGCUGCUGCGAUUGCCGGUGGGCCGGAAGCGGGCAAGGCGGCCGCGUCCGCAGCCAAUCAGCCGAUUUCAUCUGCAACGAGCACAGUUGGAGCGCUGGGCCACGCUGUUGCUGGCACCAACGCUUGGGCGGGGGCUGCUCCGACUGACACAAUGGCUGCCGCAGCGCUUUCUCCCGUCGCUGGGGGAGCGUCUACUGCCUUGGAUGCUGCCGACCCUGUGCAGCGGGUCAGUGCUGCGCGGUCGCUGGCGGCGCUUUUUGAGUCCUAUUGGCGGGGCGGAGGCGGCGACCCUCCCAUAACCUCGCCGCGCAUGCAGGAGAGUCAGGGCCCAGGGCGUGAGCGGGAGCUGCAGCCGCCGCAGGAGCGGGAUCAAGAGGCUGGAGGCCGCCUGGCAUCUAGCAUGCAGCGGAUAUUCCCCAGCAAUGGCUCCCCCCGACUAGGAUCAACCUGGCCCCUGCCUCAGCACGGGCCAAGUGCCGCUGCACGUGAAGCCCGACCAGCGCGUCUGCCGCUAUCGCAGUCCCAAAUCCAUCUCCAGCCCCAGCUACAGAUGCCCCAGCAGCGGCACGAGUCCUCUGAGCCCGUCCAUCAGCUACCUCAGGGCCUCGGUCGGGAACAUGUGACGCCACACAGUCAAUACCUAGACAGCGACGCUCAAGGCGGGGAUAUGUUCGCUUCCAUUGACGCGGGCAAGCUGGUACUCGGGGGAGGGAGCUUAGGUCGGAUCCGGAGGGGUGCCAGUACCGGCGUCGGCGUCGGCAGCAGUGUCGGCAGCGCAAGCUGUAGUGCCGGCGGCGGCAGCACCAGCACCAGCGGCAGUGCAAGUGUUGCAGGAGGCCCUUGCACUCGUGGGCUAUCUCUGCUAGACUUGCUGACAGCGGAACUAGCGGGAGACGGGCCUCACGCCGCCACCGGCGGGAUGAGUCCACCGGCCGGUGUCCGCACGGCCUCAAGUGGGGGUGGGAGCUAUGCUGGCGUCACGGAGCCUCACGGCACUGCAGGGGACGAGUCAGCAGCAGCGCGCGUGACGUCCGCUGCCAGUCAACGCGCUGAGCUGGCGACACAACAUGGCAAGCAGCCAGCUCUGGUCCAGGCAACGGCGGGACCUGGGAUCCAACCGGAAGUACGGCAAUCGGUGGAAGGGUUGAUCGCGGACGUGGAAGGCCUGAUCACGGACCUCGGCGCCGUUGCCAAAGCAAGUUUCGAGCACCCGCGAACAGACAGGGAAGGCCACGAGGAGCGCGAUGCCCCCAAGCAGCGCCAACAUCAGCAGCACGAGGAGCCACAGCUGCAGCAGGCACGGCUGCGGCAGUUGCAGCAGCCGAUAUCUCAAUUGCCCUCGCCAGCUCCUCUACCACGCUCACCGCACCAGCCUCAGCCGGUGAGUGAGCCGCAGCCGCCAACAUCCCAGGGGCAGGAGCAUCAGCCACAGUGCCCUCCUGCAGCGCUGCAGCCGCUGCAAUUGCAGGGUUCACAGCCGCGGCCGCCACCGACACAAUCGACACCACCGCAUCCGCAUCUGCAUCUCGGCACGCUGGCAGAACAGAUACAUGCGGCCCAACAGCAGCUUUGCACCGGCUCAGCGCGCAUCAACCCUGGCCCGGAUAGCCUUGGUGUUGCAGAUGGAAGGCACCAUUGUGGCGUUACGCCCCUCACCGUUACCAGUCUCGUGCGCGAGUGGUUGGAGGCGAGCGGCUGCCAGUCAACUACGACCCAGAUCGCCAACACUGUCCAGGGCCCGGCAUCGCAUUCCAAGCACCAUAGCUUUUCGCCGUCCCGCCUGGGCCGGCCCCCGACGAGGUCAUCAGCAGUGAAGGAGCAAAGGGUUGCAUCCAAACGGGCGGAGGCGGCCGCAAUGGCGCUGUUGGAAGAGAUUGAGAAGAGGAUCGAGGUGCAGCGGCAAUGGACGACAGAGGAGCACGGAGAAGACGAAUACGCAUGGAUGGCAGAAAAGAAGGCAGACGAUCAAGAAGAAGAAGAAGAAGGAAAGCAGGACGAAGAGGAGGAGGAGGAGGAGGGGCAGAAGGCAGGGGUGCAGGGUGAUGCUCCCUUGUUCGGUCCGCCCCCCAGUUUUGAUGAUGAUUGGCUUCUGCAGCAGCUGAACUCCCGUGCCAACAAGGCACUGGGUCCAACAGACACUCGGCCGCCAUCAGAGGAGCCCCUUCAGUCGGCACGACAGGCGGCCCUGCAGGCCUUGCAACGCAAGCUGUCGGAGGUGACGGCCCGCUACAAUGCCAGGAGACAGCGGCGGCACGCAGGUCGAGCAGGUGGAGCAUCCUGCACCGGCCGCCCCGGAAGCGGCCGACAUGGCAGCAAGACCCUGCCGGACUGCGGGCCCCAACAGCAGGACGGCUAUCACGACCAUCAGCACCACCGCUACGACCGUGCAGCAGGGCACCAAACAUUCCAACUGCAACCAACUUCUUGCCCGGGAACUGGCCAACAACAAUGCACUUCCUUGCAGCACAUCCUUGCGCAGUUGGCCACCCCAAUGCACUGCACCGCGGCUGCUGCGCCGGGAGUUAACAAAGCAGCAACCACCGUAACAGGAGCAGCAGCAGUAGCUCCUAGAACAGCGCCAGGAGCAGUGCCCGCAGCAGCCAGAGCUGCUGCCGCCGCCCCGCCCAUCACCAAGGCUCCGAACCACUUAGCAGGCGCCGCCUUGACCAGCGGCGGCCCCACCGGAUCGCAGGCAGCGAAUGCCCCGAGCCCGCAUGUGCAGAGUGGGCCCUCCUCGCUACCAGACCCGUCAUCUUUGAUACCGAUCCCUGGGCCAGCUGCUUCCUUGAACAUCUCUGCUGCCAACCAGUUGCCGGCACACACCACACUAGGUGACGGCGCUGCUUCCAGCGCUCUCGAUGUAUGGCGAGUGCUCAGGGCCGCGCCUUCUCCGGCUUCUUUUCUGCCUCCUGCUGCUGCGCCGGCGGCGGCGCUAACGCCGCCCGUAUCCACAUUGCAUGCAGCAGGGCCACCAGGAGUGGCGGCCAUGGGGCCGCAGGUAUGGCUCCCCGGUAGCCUGCUGGGCCAUCUCAGCGCGCGGUACCAGCGUGUGCUUAAGGACAACAUCCGGCCGCCCUGGGACCAGUCUCUCUCCACCUCAAAGGACGCCCGUAUCCCGUCCUGGCCUGCGGUCCUGGGCAUGCGGUUCGGGGUGGUUGAUGGGCUGCGCGUGAGCCACCAGGAGGCUAUGCGUGUGCCAGCAAGCAACUCAGCGGCCCUGACUAUGGCACCAGUCGUGUCUGCGCCGGCUGGCGCGUCAUACUGGCUGCCUCAGGCCGGAUCAUCAUUGCUGCCGCCACAGCUGGGCCAGUCUCCGUCUUUACAAUCGCACCAGGUCUUUAAUGUAGGCACACGACAUGCUAUUGUGGCACCUGCGCUUGCGCAUGCGGGGGAGCCUCCGUUCAUGUCUCCUGUUGCCCACAACCGUACAGCCGCCGAAAACGUUGUCCCUGUCCCCUGGGGCUCGGGUCAUAUCCCCGGAGAUGUCGCCGCGUUCCCGUCCACCUACGGCGCCACCACAGCCGCUACCCCCCAGAUGGUAACGCCGACACCGGCCCCGACUCCGGAUGCCCGGUUCCGGCCCCUGCGGGUACUAACAGAGCCGCACGCCUCUGCGCCGAUGCCUGUGAUUGCCCGGGGGGAUGUGGAGGAGAUUCACGCGCUGAGCGCGAUGGCGCAGUCGCUGCCGCACUUGGACCCCCUGGAGCGAGUCCAGCUGUGGGAGCAGCUGGAGCAGUGCCUGGCGCAGAAGCUUGCACGGAGCCCGCGUGGCCAUAUACACGGGGCCAAGCGCAGAGUCUCGAGCCCAGGCGCGGGUCCAGGCAUUUCGCCCAACAGCUUCCGCAGCGGCGACCUGUAUAGCAGGGCCAACUCGCCGUUGCGUGGCUACGCCACGGUUUGGGAGCGCCGCCACCGCUACGGCAGCUGCAGUAGCGGCGGUGGCAGCAGCCGGGACGGCAGUGGCGGUGCUUGGAGCCCGAGGGAGCGGCAUGUGAAAUGGCGCAUGGAAGAGGGCCUUUCUGUUCGUCAGGGCGGCCAGGGCAGUAACGAGGCAGAUGUGGGCGUCCGCAGCAUGUCGCAGCAGCACCUGGUAGGCCACAGCUCGGGCAUCGCGGCCAGUGUGCGUGCCGGUGUACGGCCAAGUCCGGAGGCUGCUGGUUCCGGGUCUGCACCAGGCAGCCUGUUGGACUCGACCCUGGAGAUGGUGCACAACGUAAUUGCGCCCAACGCGACGCUGGCACACGCGCUUUCGCUGAACUGGCAGAAGCUCAGGUCGCAGGGUAUGACCAGUCGCGUUGCUGGCCGACAGGGAGAGCUCACGGCUGAGAAGGCGACGAGAGCGUGGCGUGUCCAGGACGGGGCGCUGGCCACAAACAUUUCGCCGGUGUCUUCUGUGGACGGCCGAAGGGAGCGAAUUCGCGGCUAG